GUAAUGCGCAUCUUCUUUGUGCUCGCCGCCGCUAAGCUGCAGCGAAGAAGAAGCAGCGCGUGUCAGGGUGACACGGAGGAAGAUGGCGGCCGUGGUGGACAGAGUUGAUGUUAGCUCCUUGGACUCGGAUUCGCCCAGACUCAGCACUCCUCCGCCGGACCAGCCGCACCAGAACAACCCGCUCCUCGGGCUGCCCAUCGUGGCCAUCGAGACCAUUCUCAAUUUUCUGUCUUACGACGAAAUAAGCGUGCUGCGCUCGGUGUGUAAGCGCAUGGACAUGAUCUGUCAGCGUGUCCUGAAUCAAGGCUUCCUGAAGGUGGAGCGUUACCACAGCCUGUGUCAGAGACAAGUCAAAGCCCAGCUGCCCAGGCGAGAGUCGGAGAGGAGAAACCAUUCGCUGGCUCGCCAUGCCGAUAUCCUGGCUGCCGUGGAAACGCGCCUUUCCUUGCUCAACAUGACCUUCAUGAAAUACGUCGACUCCAAUCUCUGCUGCUUCAUCCCUGGAAAGGUGAUUGAUGAGAUUUACCGUGUGCUGCGUUACGUGAACUCCACUCGGGCUCCUCAGCGGGCUCACGAGGUUCUGCAGGAGUUGAGGGACAUCUCCUCCAUGGCCAUGGAGUACUUUGAUGAGAAGAUCGUCCCCAUCCUGAAGAAGAAGUUGCCGGGAGCCGACCUGUCCGGGCGCCUCAUUGGCUCUGCACCAGGUAAUGGGCGUGUGCUUUUUCAGACGAACAAAGAUCUGAGUCACAGCUUCAAAAAGGUUCAGUGA